AUGGACGAGUUCACAUCCUUCGCACAGUACCUGCGAUCAUCCAAACGGGUUUUGGCCCUCAUAGGUGCUGGUUUGUCGGUUGCUUCGGGCCUUUCGACGUUUCGCGGCCAUGGUAGAACAUGGAGAGGCACAGAGCCUCAGGACCUUUCGAAUAUCGAGGCUCUGUCCCAGGACCCAGUGAGGGUAUGGUGGUUCUUCAGCGAUCGGAUGAAGCGUGCGCAAGAGGCAAAGCCAAACCGGGGGCACAUCGCGCUUGCGAAACUUGCAAAGGAGAAGAGUGAAUUCUUCGCAAUAAAUCAAAACAUCGAUGGUCUAUGUCAACGAGCGGGCAUACCCGACGAGCAGAUCGCACAAGUGCACGGCACCCUGUUCGAGAUGAAAUGCAGCAAGCACGCCUCAGCCUCUACCGACCGUUGUGACUACAAUACGCCCGUCUCCUAUCCUGCCACUGAGGCGCUCACAAUCACAUCUGAUAUCAGCGACGCAUCCGUCCCUCUGCCUCCUCUCGAUCAUACCCAGCUACCUCAUUGUCCACGGUGCGACAGCCUCAUGCGACCGAGCGUCGUGCUCUUCGGCGAAAGCCUAUCGAGCGACCUCACCGAGGCUAUACACUCCUUCAUCGCUUCUGCACCUCUCGACCUGUUGCUCGUAAUCGGUACGAGUGGCGUCGUACUUCCGGCUGCGAUGUACAUACCCAAGGCUCAGAACGCUGGUGCGAGGGUCGCAUAUUUCAAUAUCGAAGAGUAUUAUGACGAGCCAGGAUGCGUUUGGCCGGGCGACUGGAUGUUCAAAGGUGAUGCUGGGGUCAUGGUCCCUGAGCUCCUGAAAGGGAUCGUGGGAAACGUCGGAAGCGUAUGA